AUCAACUAACAUCCAAGUCAAUAUGUCACGAUCAAGUUCACAAGGUAUCCAGACGCUGUUGGAAGCUGAGAGGGACGGUGCAUUGAUAGUGCAACAAGCUAGGGAUUACAGAACUCAGAAGCUGAAGCAAGCUAGAACAGACGCUCAGAAGGAGGUACAAAGUAUGAAAGAAGCGAAGGAAGACGACUUCAAAAGCGCACAAAAUGAUUCAUCAGACAGUCAAUCAAAACACAAAGGACAAGUUGAAAAGGAUACCGAGAAUGCAUUAAGAGAGUUAAACGAUAACUUUGAUAAGAAGAAGGAAAUAGUUGUAAAUAAGCUGCUAGACAGGGUCACUCAGACCAAGAAUUAGACGAGUGAUCACCGUUAUUGUUAUCUUCAUUGUCUUCAUACUCCUCAUCCUCAUCCUGUUCUUCCUCUUGCUGCUGCUCUGUGCUUAGUAUAUCCAACUUGAAUUGGUUGUUCUUUGGUAGGAGAUCAUCCAAGGCUAGGUCAUCCCAGUAGAGAGAAUUAACUUGGGUCUUUAUUGAUGAUGUCUGCUCUAUCGUCGAAUGCGUCUCCUUGAAUGGGUUGCCGUAGGGAUAAGAAGGGUGUACAGUUGAAGGUAAUGUCGCUAUCAAGUUGUAAGUAAUAGCCCAUCGCAGCGAUACAACCCACCUUGUUCCUCAUCUAAGGACACUGGUAGGAGCUCUAAAGGUACUUGUAUAUCUAGCCUAAUUAGUUACUUCUGCUAUCUGAAUAUCAACUCACCCUCAAAAGGUAAAUCAAUAGAAGCUGAUUCCUUGUCUAUUGUUUUGUAGUGUAAAUAGCAAUAUCUAUUAUCC